AUGGGUUCGGUGACGCAAGAAUGUCAGAUGGGUAAAAGAGAAUUUGAAGGUCGAAAUUUAGUCGUGAUCGAUACACCAGGAUUGUUUGAUACAGACAAAGAUUCAUUUUCGGUAGCCUACGAAAUAAGUAAAGCAGUGGGUAUCAGUGCUCCCGGACCGCAUGCAUUCAUCAUUGUUAUUAAAGCUAGUGGUAGUCGGUACACACGUGAGGCUGAAGAAACAGUGAAACUUGUUCACGAUAUUUUUGGUGGUGACGUUGUUCGUUAUUGCAUCGUUGUUUUCACUGGUGAGGAUAAUAUACAUCGAGAUGACUCAACAGCUACACUCGAUCAAUGGCUAGCUCAAUCGACUGAUUCGGUUAUUAGCCUCGUUCAAGCUUGUAAUGUCGUUGUAUGGCCAUUGAUACGACGGAGAAAUCAAAGGAACAACUUGAUAAUAAAGUGCGGGAGCUCAUGUCCCUAG